GCAAUGCUGAUCAUUUAAGCUUCCUUGCCUAUUGCAUGCCGCCAACCUGUCACUGGCAGUGCAAUGCGGCAAGAAUCUCCUGCGUUUAUUGCGCUUGUCCAGGCUAGUGCUGGCGCUGCCGGCGCCAUUGUCGCCUCGGCAGUGCUGCAACCAGUGGAGGUGGCCAAGACUCGCAUCCAGAUCAGCACCGGAGGAGAUGAUAGCACCUGGCAAACCAUCAGGAGGAUUGCAGCCACAGAUGGCAUCCUGGGUUUGUGGCUGGGAGCUUUCGGCAAGUGCCUGGAGAACGGAGCCAAGAACUUUGCGUAUUUUUACAUCUACGACGGCAUGAACGCCGUGGUGAAGUCGCGGAUGGAGCUCACAACUGCGGUGAAGCUGGUCUUGGGCUACAUUGCUGGUGUCGGCAAUACCCUUAUGAACAUGCCUUUGGAGGUGCUUUCCACCAAGAUGCAGCUGGAAGAUGCCAAGGGCCUCAGCACCCUGGGAAUGCUCCACCGGAUCUUGUCGCAAGAUGGCGUCGGCGCCCUGUACACUGGCCUGGGCUACAACAUUGCGUUGUGUAUCAAUCCAGCCAUCCAAAACACGAUCCUAGAUAAGCUGAAGGAAGCAAUCCUAAAGGCUUUGAAGCGAAGGAACCCAGAGGUAACUCCAGCCUUGACAGCAUUCCAGGCAUUCGCUCUGGGCGCCUUCGCAAAAGCAGUGGCAACCAUCGUCACGUACCCUCUUGUGCGACUGAAAACCAAUCUGCAGGCUGGCAAAGUACCUACCGCCACACAUCCCCAUGCACCGCAAGCCAAGAUCGAGCGUGCAGGCUCCCUGGAGCAGAUCCGCGUCAUGUCCUUUCGGGAGGACAAAGAUGCGGAACAGCUGACCAUUCUCCAGAGGCUGAUUGAGCUCUACCGCGGUGUUGGCUCUGCACUCUUGAAGAGCACUUUGCAAAGCGCGCUCCUCUACAUGGUCAAGGACCAGGUGGAGCAUAGCGUGGAGCGGCUCUUCAAGUUGAGCGCAAAGGGCUUCUACCGUAAGACCGGGCAGCUGAAGCUAGGCGGCUUUUCCGGAAGGCCGUUGGCCUCAUAAUUCGUCGAAGGUCACACAACCUGCUACUCCCCAACUCGUUGUGGUU